UUAACACAAGAUAGCAGAGUGUCACAGCAUAGCUCACUCAAAAGACUGGACCCCUUUAUUGACAAUGAAGGCAUGAUGAGAGUGGGCGGUCGGAUACGUGUAGCUGACCUCUCCGACCAAGAGAAGCAUCCUUUGAUAAUACCGUCUAACCACCAUAUAGCCAAGCUGCUUGCCGAGCAUUACCAUGGUCAAGUAGCCCAUCAAGGCCGCCAUUUCACUGCAGGUUCAAUACGCACAGCAGGUCUGUGGAUUGUUGGAGGCAAAAGGCUCAUCGCUAGUGUCAUCCACAAAUGUGUCAUGUGCAGGAAGCUGAGGGGGAAACUGGCAAACCAGAAAAUGUCAGAUCUGCCAGUGGACAGAGUGUCUGUAGAUCCUCCAUUCACACACACAGGUCUUGACAUCUUCGGCCCGUGGAGCGUGGUGUCACGUCGAACGAGAGGAAGUAGUGCUGAAAACAAAAGGUGGGCUGUCAUCUUCAGCUGCUUGAGCUCCAGAGCUGUUCAUCUGGAAGUGAUCGAAUCAAUGUCAACUUCAAGCUUUAUCAAUGCUCUCCGACGCUUCCUGGCCAUCAGAGGGCCAGUGCAACACCUGAGGUCUGACAGAGGCACAAAUUUUAUUGGUGCUUGCAGGGAACUGCAAAUAAACACAGAAGACCAUGAGAUCAAAAACUUCUUACAGGAUCGGGGCUGUACCUGGUCAUUUAACGCACCACAUUCAUCCCACAUGGGGGGAGCGUGGGAGAGGAUGAUUGGAGUCGCACGACGCAUUCUCGACGGACUCCUGUUGAAAAAUGGUCCUACGAGACUCACGCAUGAAGUGCUGACGACCAUAAUGGCUGAAGUUAUGGCCAUCAUGAAUUCUCGACCUUUGACCCCCAUCUCUACCGAUGCAGAAAUGCCUCAGAUUCUUUCACCUGCGAUGCUACUGACUCAAAAGGCGAGUGUGGCCCCUGCUCCUCCGAGAGACUUCAGAAUGGGUCAUCUACACAAAAGUCAAUGGCGACAAGUGCAGAGCCUGGCCGACUCCUUCUGGAAAAGAUGGAGGCAGGAAUAUCUGACGACUCUGCAGCUGAGAAGAAAGUGGAUCGAUGACAGAGCCAAUAUUCAGGAAGGUGAUGUCAUACUGCUUAAAGACUGUCAGGUGAAACGAAGUGAAUGGCCAGUCGGACUCGUUACAAAGGUCAUUCUGAGCAAGGACAACAGAGUUCGUAAGGUCAUGGUAAAGACUGCAAAACAAGGGACUGUGAAAGAGUAUCUAAGGCCUAUCAAGGACGUUGUUGUGCUUUUCUCCAAAGAUAAUAGUAAUUGAAUGGUGCACAGUGGUAUAAUAGACAUUAUACCAGACGGGGAGUGUUCUGGCUGGGGAAUGUAACUUCUCUGACUAUUCUGUAGUAUAUUUCUGUUUAUUCUAUUGUUUUACAUUGCUUAUCAGUGUACUAGAUUGUGCACAGGCGACAUCUACUGGCUGAAUUUGGUACCGGAAGUUUCCAAAUUAGUUAAAAAAAAAAAGAAAAGAAAAAGAGGUCCGGUUUUUUCCAUGUUCCUUGGAGUGUGUGCAGCGCUGUUUCUAAUGAUAGAAAUCCUUGGAGUAGAUAUGUCUUUUUACGGUGGAAUGAAAGACAUCUGUGUGGAGUAUAUCUUGUUGGAGCAAACAAAAUCUACAGUAAAAGGUCAAAUGAACAAGUGUGCUUGGAUUUCAUUCAAACCGUUCGCUAUCUGCCUAUGCAUCGUUGCGACACAUUGUUAGGGCAGAAUAUUAUAUAUUGUU